GAAAAUGUUAACUAUUAAAUGGAGAGAAUUGCUUUACUAAAUUUUGUAGUUACUAAACCCAACAAAAGUGUAUAGUCUCCGUGGAAUAAUGAGCUAACAAGUUACUUAUACCUUCAAUGCAAACCUUAAAUGAGUGUUGUUUAAUUCGUAUAUUCUGAUUGGAUUCGUUUUUUAUCCAAAAUAAAUCAUACCGGGACUCUAAUAAUUAGCGUCAUUUCCCGUUAUACGUAUUGUUUACCUCGCAAAGUUGCGCUGUUUUUUUUACGAAUAUAUUGGAGCUAAUGGAGUCAAUAUGUUUUGAGGAAUAAGAAGGAUUAAAAAACCUAGUAAAUAUGCCCAUUCCGAAGCGUUCCAUUGAGCCAGUUCAUGUCUCUCGGUCUUUUUACCAACAUAAUGAUCUGCAGCUCAUUGAACUAGAGACCGUUACAAAUACAGCACUAACAAAUAUAAUUCGCCAGUUAUCUUCCUUAUCUAAACAUGCCGAAGAUAUAUUUGGUGAGCUGGCUCAUGAUGUGGGAAAUAUAAGCAAUCGAGCAAAUUCGUUGCAAGCGCGAAUAGAUCAUUUGUCCAUAAAAGUAACUCAAUUGGAUAGCACAAUGGAAGAUGUCCCUUUGACUGAUAUAACAAGAAAAAAGGGUUUCCGAUCUACCAAAAUUUUUGAUCAAAAAAUAUUUUCCCAUUCGACAAUGCCAACUCCAAUGCUUGAAACCUACACGAUGUGUGAUAAGCCGCCACCGUUGAACAAAUUGAAUAGCUAUCGUGACGAUGGAAAAGAUGGCCUCAAAUUUUAUACCGAUCCAAAUUACUUCUUUGAACUGUGGCGACAAGAGAUGCUAAAGGAUACGGAAAGAGUUAUGCACGAUAAAGGAAAGAAAUUGAAUCGACCUCGUCAACAAGAUGAUAAACGAGUCAGAAAGCCUCAUAAUACAAGAGAGAAACAACGACUUAUUGCUAUUGGGCAUGGAGAAACAAUAAUGCCAAACAAUAUUACUUACCAAACCCCAAAUUCAAUUAUUAACAUGGAAGCGUCUUAUGGUAAUGAUGGAAUUUAUGAGUCACGACAACAUCGCCCUAACUCUAUAGAUCUGCGCAAUAUAUGCAAUACUGACCAAGCAGGUGGUGGUUUUUAUAGUACCGUAUCUCAGGCUGCUCCGGCUAUUUCCUCAGCAGUUGUGUCUGACGCUAUUGGUAUUAACUCAUCCGUGCUUGGAAAGCACGAAAACGGAACUUUGCCAAUACAUUCCAUGGACAAUACUGACCAAGCUAUGCAAAUGCAACAUUUUUUUGACGAAGAAAUGUUGAACGAAAGUCAGCCAUAUUGUGAUCCUGGAUCCCUAUCUUCAGAGGGAAUGUGUGCCCCUGGAGCAAACUCAAGAAUGAAAAUCCGACCUUCUCAACCACCCCCUGCUCCUCCAUCGAACGGAAGCAAAAAUUGUACUCCUGUAUCUUCCAAUGCAAAUACUCCAACACGUAACCGAAAUUUGUUAAACAAUCGCGAUAUAUUGCCUCCACCUCCUCCCAUUCCGGAAGGAGUUAUGAACACAACAUCCACACCCAGAGCACUCAGUGUUAUAAACGGAAACUCUACCAUUGGUGGUCCUAUUCAAUUGCCUAACAACUCUACAAUUCGCGAUAAAUCCAAUAUUAUGUUACACUUAGAUAACAAAUUUGCCAAUAUGAAUAUGAUUAUGACAUCCCAACAACUUAAUUACAAUGAUUCAGCAUCUGCAGGAAAAUUAGAGCAUCAGCACACUAAGAAAACCUCGACUAUUGCGGCACCACCACCACCUCCACCGCCCCCACCACUUUUGCAAACUGAAUUUACACAACAAUGUUCUGUUGGAGGUCUUAAUGCGGUCAUUAACGGUGAUGUUCAUAAAAGGAUUAUUGAUGAAACAAUUGGUGCAAAGAAGCACUUACCUCCAUUCUACGAUUCUCGCACUGAUCUUAUGAAGGCAAUACGUGAUGGCAUAACUCUUAGGAAAGUGGAGAAAUCCGAGCAAAAAGAAAUAGAAAGAAGUUCGGCAUUACAUGAUGUGGCUUCAAUAUUAGCCAGACGCGUUGCUAUUGAACUUUCAGAAUCAGAUGAGUCGGAUACUGAUGACAGUGAGGGAUGGAUGGAGUCGGUUGAAAACUCGGCUUGA